CUCACGAACUGCUUUCCCAGCGUAAUACUAAUUAAUUUCGGCAUCCCAUACACCUGCGAAGUUAACAAUGCCCAACCACUGAUUGGCUUGAACCUCUCCGCCUCGUACUACAACCCAACCCUCAAUCCUGGCUGGCCGGCGACUCUUGUCGAGGGAACCAAAAAAAUUACAUUCGUCUCUGAUCACGGUGGGCCUUCAGGACGUUGGGACUUGGUAUUCACAUCGUUUUCUGAGAAUGAAAAAAAACACGUUCCUCUGACGACCAAUAAGAGCAUGGACUUCAUGGACAUCGGUGCGACCGAGGCGAAUUUCAAAGUACUCUAUCCGUAUUACGGUAUGGGUGUAUCUUUUGCACCCAAUCUCCCGAGUGGCACCAUGGCUUCCGACUACAUGCUGGUCCGCUCUUUCAAUGACUGCCAGUACACCACUACAACCUGCACUGACUCUGUUGGGUGCUACAGAAUGCUGCCGUCUGCAGAGCUUCCCCCACCAGGCGAAUACAGGCUCUGUGUGACGUCAAAUGACUGGCAUUCCCAAUACCUUCCGUGGGGUGCGGAAUCUCUUGAAGUGAAGCUGCUGUUGAGCACGCCGCUGUACUUGACAGCUGGUAAGGACAGAAAUGUCGUGCUGCAGGAUGCGGAAUCUGUGGCCAGUAAACUGAACCGUGUGUUCCUGGUGCAGUGCCCUGGCAACAACUGCCCCCGUGUGGCUACUGGCAGUAGGGAAAAGGUGGUCCACCGCGAUGCGUGUGCUAACACCUCCGUCUCGUCG